AUGGCUGAGGCAGUUACUUCUGCACUUGUUAGCACCAUCUUGGGGAACUUGAACACACUUGUGCAUGAAGAGCUUGGACUUGUUUUUGGCAUCCAGACCGAGUUUGAGAAACUCAAGCGCACCUUCAUGACGGUUCAAGCUGUCCUCAGGGAUGCCGAGGAGAAGCAGUGGAAAGAUGAGGCCAUCAGGACUUGGCUGAAACACCUCAAAGAUGCUGCCUAUGAUGCUGAUGAUGUGCUGGAUGAGUUCGCUAUUGAAGCUCAGAGGCGCAGACAGCGAGGGGGUCUUAAAAACCGAGUAAGGUCUUCGUUUUCUCUUGAUCAGAAUCCACUUGUUUUUCGAUUGAAAAUGGCUCGUAAGGUAAAGAAAGUAACAGAAAAGCUUGAUGCCAUUGCCGAUGAGAAAAAUAAGUUCAUACUAACAGAGGGAGUUGGAGAGAACGAAGCUGAUAGGUUCGAUUGGCGGAUAACUAGCUCGCUUGUUAACGAAUCAGAAAUCUUUGGAAGAGACAAGGAAAAAGAAGAGCUGAUCAGUUUGUUGCUCGCCAAUUCAGAUGACCUCUCUGUCUGUGCAAUAUGUGGCAUGGGGGGACUGGGGAAGACAACACUUGCUCAAUUAGUCUACAACGAUGCAAGUGUAAAAGGGCAUUUUGAUUUGAGUAUCUGGGUUUGCGUAUCUGUUGAUUUCGACAUAAGGAGGCUAUCAAGAGCCAUCAUAGAGUCCAUUGAAGGCAACCCUUGUGCCAUUCAAGAGCUGGACACUUUGCAACGACGCCUACAAGAAAAGUUGAUUGGAAGGAGGUUUUUGCUUGUGUUGGAUGAUGUUUGGGAUCAUUACCAUGAAAAAUGGAAUGCAUUGAAAGAUGCAUUGAGAGUUGGGGCUAGAGGAUGUGCUGUUAUAAUAACAACUCGUCUAAAGCAGGUUGCUGAUACAAUGGCUACUAUUCCUGUUCACCUAAUGGGAAGAUUGUCGGAAGAUGAUUCCUGGCUUCUGUUUGAGCGACUUGCAUUUGGAAUGAGAAGAAGGGAGGAGUAUGUGCACUUAGAAAGUAUUGGAAAGGCGAUAGUCAAUAAGUGCAGUGGCGUUCCUUUAGCUCUAAAGGCAUUGGGGAGCUUUAUGCGCUUCAAGAGAAAUGAACGAGAGUGGUUAUCUGUCAAAGAAAGUGAGAUUUGGAAUCUACCAGACGAAGGUGGCACAAUUAAAGCUGCCUUGAAGUUAAGUUAUAACAAUUUGCCGCCCCAUUUAAAGCAAUGCUUUGGAUUUUGUUGUAUGUUUCCGAAGGAUUAUGUCAUGGAGAAAGACCAGUUAGUAAAGCUCUGGAUGGCCAACGGAUUUAUUGAUCCUGAAGGGCAAAUGGAUUUGCAUGAGACGGGUUACGAGACUUUUGAUGACUUGGUUGGGAGAUCAUUUUUUCAGGAGGUCAAGGAGGGUGGCUUGGGAAACAUAACUUGCAAAAUGCAUGAUCUUUUCCAUGAUCUCGCAAAAUCAGUUAUGACAGGAGAAUGCUAUUUGAUCGAGAAGAAUAGGAGACCUAGAAUUCCGCAGACGGUUCGUCAUAUAACUUUUCUUGAUAAAAGUCUUUGUUAUUAUUAUGACAAGGCCCUUGUCAAAGGGAAAUCAUUGCGGUCGCUGAUUACCAUUCAGGAAAAUUACUCACCGAAUGAACAGACUAGUGUUGCUCCUUUACUCAAGGUGUCUGCACAAAAGAAACUACGGACGUUGGAUUUAAGCAAUUUCGAGUUUGAAAAAUUGCCAGAGCCGAUUGGUAAUUUGCAACAUCUAAGGUAUCUAGACGUCUCCAACUCUUCGAUCCAAAAACUACCUGAAUCAAUCAGCUCUCUUCAAUACUUGCAGACCCUAAAUUUGAGUUACUGCUCUCUUCUUUAUAUGCUACCAAAAAGGAUGAAGGACAUGAAAAGUCUCAUGUAUCUUGACCUCACAGGUUGUGAUGCGCUUCAAUGUAUGCCUUCAGGGAUGGGACAACUGACUUGUCUGCGAAAGCUUGGCAUGUUCAUUGUGGGUACAGAGGCUGGUCAUCACAUAGGGGAGCUGCAAAGACUGAAUUACAUUGGGGGUGAAUUGAGCAUCAAGGAUCUAGGUAACGUCCAAGGUUUUACAGAUGCACAAAAUGCUAAUUUGAUGAGGAAGACAAAUCUUCAAUCACUGAGUUUGUCUUGGCGAGAAGACAAAAACAGCAUAAUCAGUGAGGCAAACAGUGAAGAUGUUCUUUGUGCUCUUGAACCCCAUUCUCAUAUGAAGAAGUUAGAGAUAAGCGGAUAUCGAGGAUCCAAAUUUCCAGAUUGGAUGAUGGAGUUGCGUCUACCAAACCUAGUGGAGAUCUCACUAGAAUCGUGCAUGAAUUGUGAACAUCUUCCUCCUUUUGGGAAACUGCGGUUUCUUAAGCAUCUUCAAUUGAAGAGAAUGGACACUGUGAAGUGUAUUGGCAGUGAGAUGUAUGGAGAGGGAGAGAAUCCAUUUCCAUCAUUAGAGAGGUUGACUUUGGGUCCAAUGAUGAACUUAGAGGAGUGGGAAACAAAUACCAUGGGUGGAAGGGAAAUUUUCACUUGCCUUGAUGAAUUACAGAUCAGAAAAUGCCCCAAGCUGGUCGAGUUACCAAUUAUUCCGUCGGUGAAACAUUUAACUAUUGAGGACUGCACUGUAACUUUGCUGAGGUCAGUUGUGAAUUUCACUUCUAUUACCUACCUUCGAAUUGAGGGCUUCGAUGAAUUGGCAGUUCUUCCUGAUGGACUGUUGCAAAACCAUACAUGCCUUCAAAAGCUGUCAAUUACGAAGAUGAGAAGCCUAAGGUCGCUGUCAAAUCAGCUAAAUAACCUAUCUUCUCUUAAGCAUUUGGUUAUUAUGAAUUGUGAUAAACUUGAAAGCUUCCCAGAAGGUGUCCAGAACCUCAAUUCUUUGGAGCUGUUAAGUAUACAUGGAAUGCCAAAAAUCACUGCACUGUCUGUUUUACCUUCAUCUCUUGCUACCUUGCGGAUUCUAAAUUGUGAAGAACUUACGUCUCUAUCUGAGGGACUGCAAUACCUGACAGCACUCAAGGAUUUGGAACUUUCUAGAUGUGUAAAGUUAGAUUCCUUGCCACAGAGAAUACGACAUCUCACUUCUCUCCAGUCUCUAACAAUCUCUUGUUGUACGGAAGUAUCUUGUCUUCCGAAUCAGAUACGGCAUCUCACAUCCCUUUCAAGACUGCAUAUCCAUGGAUGCUCUAAUUUGAUGUCUUUGCCAGAAGGGAUAAGGUAUCUCGAAAUGCUCAGAGAGUUGGAAAUUGCAAGAUGUCCAAAUGUGGAGAGACGGUGCAAGAAAGAAAAAGGAAAGGACUGGCCUAAGAUAGCUCACAUCCCUACCAUCAUCAUUAAUAACCAAGUAGUACAGUCCUCGGAGACCUGAAGGAUAUAUGAUUGCUCGGUACUUGUUGGGAUUUCAUUUGGCUAAUAUUAUUGUGUAUAAUCUUUUUUCACCAAGUAAUAAUGGUUGUGGUGAUCAAAUAAAAUGUAAAAUUGUCAUAAGAUUUUAGGGAUGGUAACCAGUUUUAGAUGAAUAAGCGGUAUCUGAGGAAUUCUAUUUUUCUUCAGUGUUGUUUUGUGCUUAUUUACAGUCUAUUAUUGCUCAAUAAAAUUAUGAAUCUGAUUUGAAAA